UCUGCCGUUGACAUGACAACCGGCGUUCACAGAAAAGUUUAAAUCUGACUUCCCACAGCUGAAGUGUUCCCCUAAACACCAUUACAAUCGUGCAACUUUAACUCUAAAGCGAUAGUUCGUGCGCUCCAUCGGAUUUGGGCGAGUUGACGUUCAGAUUAAAAUGCAGUCGACCUACAAACGUGUUUCGGGGCAGCGGGGGACGGAGAGCGGCGAGGGGAGACGACAGGGCCUCGGUGUUCAGCAGUGGCCCGAUGGAUCCAGAUACGAGGGAGGAUUUACAAACGGACUCAAACACGGCAGAGGAAGGUACACCUGGAAAAGCGGGGAGUUCUACGAUGGCUUCUUCUACAAGGACUACAGGCACGGGGAGGGAGUGUACAGCUGGCCCCAAGGCCACAAGUUCACCGGCAAGUACUACCUCAACCGAAAGGAAGGAUAUGGACAUCAAGAGUUCUCUGACGGAGCCACCUUUCAGGGUUUGUACCACGUUGAACAGAGGUUUGGUCCAGGUGUGUUUAGUUAUCCAGACGGGCGUAAGGAUGUGGGUCUGUGGCUUGGAGAGCGCCUGCUAAGGUUCUGCAGCUCUGUAGAAGAGAGCUUCAGCCUAAAGAACUUUCCUGAAUAUGCUGCCUACGUCGACCUGGCUGCCAUUACACAUUCCCUGACUCAGCCUCCUACUGGUGUUCUACAGCCAGAAGAGAGGGAGGACUCUGAGGUGGAAAUGGACAUAAAUGUGCUGUCAGAUGAUUUGAUCCUUCCCUUUGGGAUAGAGAGGUAUUCAACAGAUGGGGAACACUUGCCGCUGCCCCCUGGAAGAAGGAAAGAGCUGGAUCAGCACUUCUAUGGCGAUCUGUGGGAGCCAGACGCCUAUGCAAGAGGCUUUGAGCGAGACCCCAUCGCCAUCCUGCCCUUACAGCCCCGCAUGCUGGCAAACAUGCACAAACACAGACUACAAGCUGGGAAUGUGGGCUGGAACGUGGCAGCUGUUCUCGCCAUGAACAGGGAUGGUUUUGGUCCUAAAGGACCUUUGGAAGUCAGUUCAGAGUUGUUUAUCCAGUACGCAUCCAGAGGGGAAUGGAAGGCAGUGUCACGGAUCCUCCGGACCAGCUCGGUCCACCGCGAUGUAGCAGAUUCUCAGGGACACACCGCACUGAUCGCUGCCACAGUAAACUGCCACAAUCAUGUGAUCCAUCUUUUGUUAGAUAUGGGUUCCGACAUUGACAAGUUGAAUUGUGAAGGCAUGUCUGCCCUGGCUGUGUGUCACGUCCUCUACUACCCUUUUCACUCUCUCUACAUUACUUCAACUGAGAUACCCUCCAACACUCAAGAUUUAACAUCUCCAGCUGCAUGUGAGAGCAGUCCUCAGAUCAGCCAAGUGGACUUCAUCACAGACACACCCAGGACAGAAGAAAAACUAACAGAGCACAUCUUGGUAGAUGGUCUGGGAGAAGAGAAUGUUGAGGUGAGGGAGGAGGUAGAGGAAGAUGCAGAGAGGAGAGAAUGGAAUGAUCAUGGGGAGGAUAUAAAGGAGAGAGAAGAGAGAGAAAGUGAGGGCGUGCCCGGCGUGCAGCGCUUCAUUCAGGUGAUGGAUGGUCACGUUGCACUGGGCAGCGUACCGUGGAAGGAAUGUCGGGCUGAGGCAGCAGAAAGAGUUCAGGCCACAGACAAAGAACUAAACCCCAAAACCUCCUUUGACUCGGCCUGCUGCGUUAGAAGCUACAACAUCGAGGUCACAGAGAAAAUGAUGCAGCUCUCAGCGGAGGCGCUGAGUCGCACGGGCUUCCCUCAGCGCGCUGACUCACAGGAGACUGUACGCAAGAUGGCUGCCAUGAAAAUUGAACACCGUGCUCGUUUGAACACCCUGAAGCUGCUAUUGGAUCGGGGCGCUGACCCCAACGCAUCCAGGGUCCCCAUGCCGGUUCUCUUUUUAGCCAUCAUGGCGGCUGACACUGAGGCCGUCAGGAGGCUGCUGCUGUGUGAAGCUCGCACUGACACCCCCCUUCCUCGUGAGAGGAGGGGUCUUUAUCCCCUUCAUGUAGCUGCAGCCCUUCCAGGUCCAGCAGGUCCCACAAUCACAGAGUUGCUGCUCCACGCUGCGGCCGACCCAGACGCACGAGCGUGCGACCAGAAUGAGAUCUGUGAACGAGAUACGACUUGUACAAAGGACAAGGAAUCAUUGAGCCACAAGGAAAACCCGGUUCUCAAAGAAGGAGGCCGAACAGCCCUGCACAUGGCCUGCCAGAGAGACAGUGAGUAUCAGAACGCCAGCAAGGUUGUAGCCCUCCUGCUCUCCCACAGAGCCAGCACAGACCUUCUCUGGAGUGGGCACUCACCUCUGUCCCUGGCUAUAGCAAGUGGCAAUGACCUGGCAGUGGAGGAGCUGUUGAACGGAGGUGCAGAUCCCAACAUCCCCCUGGGCCGCAGGGUGGGCAGCGCUCUCUGUGCCAUCUCCAACUUCAGCUAUCACUUAUGUGGCAACAGAGCUAAGCUGUUUGGCAUGCUAAUUAAGGCUGGUGCCGACAUCUUGAUGCCUGUCACGGUUGGCGAUGUUGUGGGAACCGCCGUCGACUACGCACACUACUCUUUCAACCAGGACUCUCGUAUUGCGAACACUCCCUUCCACGCUCUGAAACCGCGGGAGAGGGAAACAUUCAAAGAACGACGCCAGCUGCUGAGCACGAUGGGAGAUCUGCUGAGACAUGUCGCUGGCCAGAGAGAAAGAGAACAUCUUGAGAGAGAACAAUGCCACUCCUUGAAUGGUACCAGUACCAACGAAAGUCCAUCACCCACAACCGACGAGCAGAGGAAACCAGUGUUGAAGUUCUGCUAUGAAUGUGGCCGCUCGCUGUUUGUAAAGAUGACUGCAUGUAGCCGCUGCCACAAGGUCUUCUACUGCUCCAAGACCUGCAAAACCAAAGCAUGGGAUGAAAGACACAAGGAAGAGUGUAUCCGGGUGACAGCAUCUCCUGAUGGAAUCCAUAAGAGAGCUGUGUUAAAAUCCAUGAGAGGCCCCAGGCCCUUGAGUGUCAACAGCGCCGCCAAGACUCUACAAGAGAAGGCCUUGGAGAGACAAAUUGGCCACCAUGAAAACUACAGCUGCAACUGAUCAAUCAGAACAUGUCACAUUGUUAUAAUUUUCUUUUUUCUGUUAUAGUUUUACAAUAAUAGUGUAAUAAUGUUUGUCCCUUAAACUGAACACUGAGUGUCUACAUAUACAUAUUGUAAAUUAACUUUUGGUUUAUUUCUAUUAAAGAUUAAGAAUAAUUAACCUAAAUACUUAUUUGUCACACUUCAGUCCUAAAUUGAAUGGUCAUUGAAUUUAUUUUCCAAUGAAGGGUAUUGCUAGUUACUCGGCCAGAGAAAGAUGUCCAAAGAAGCUGUCCACAUGCCCGUAGCCGGAUGCAUCAGGUGCUGCAGACCGAUACCAAGAAUAGGUGGACUCACUAACACGAAUGUCACUCUUUGAACUUAAACGCCUGAUUAUUGUUACAAGGAGAGAGUCAGCACGUAUUGCCUUGUUGAGUGUAUGAAAUGCAACACAUUAUGGCAGCUGUGCUGAACCUGUUUAAGUUCUUAGAUGUUGGCCAUUCCAGUUACAUGCAUUUACUUGAGAAUGGAAGGGCCUUUACUUUUAUGUCUAAAUUAAUUUGACAUAGAAUUUUCAUCCUGUGAGACAAGUAGGUCAAAAUACCAUCAGAGCUAAUGGAGAUAUAUUGACCAUCUCAUUGAUUGUAAGUUUGUAUUUCUGUUUGAGAAGAAACCCCACGUUCAGAAUUCUUGCCAUAACUGUAGGGAAGGAACAUCACUUGCAGAAUCAUUCUAUAGUGAUUCAUCCUUGUCACUUUUAUAGGCCUUGGAAAGAUUUCCGUAUCAACAAAGCUUUUCAAAAUCUCUCAGGAAUUCCACUAACUCACCAAGGUCCACUGUUCCGUCUGUAUCAAUUUUGUGGAACACAUUAGCGAGUUCUACAUUGUCCUCUUCAGUCCAUCACAAAAUUCCUCUAAAUCUAGUGCUCCACUUCUAUCUGCAGCUGCCUCGAGGAAUAACUUUACGAUUAGAGGAAUACUUGCAGCACUGAACAUUUCUAAUUCACUUUUGAAAUCCAUGGUAGACUGGUUUUAAAUCCCUAAUUUGAUAUAACCAGUUCAAUGAGCGUCGAAGCGAUGCCCCCCCUUAGCAAGGUUCUAAAGUGUGAAGAAUUUAAUGAUCGAAGAUAGAUUAACGUCGAAGCUAAAAAAAAAAGUCGACGUCACAGGGUCGUGUAGUGUUCCAGUGUAGGCGUUUUUGUUGUGAAGGAGAAAAUGUGUUGUGUUUUAUGAAGUGGUAAUAAAGUUGCCGCAGAAACUGA